AUGUCACUUCUAUCCAGCUUCGAGACAGCGAGAGUCAGCGUACUCGAUGUCUUCGCCGUCGGGUCACCGUCUCCUGCAUACGUCGACGUGCUCAUGAAUCGUGGUGAUUGGGCAAGGGAGUGGGUGGCGAGUGGGGUGGCUCUGCGUGAACGGCUCGACGUGUUGAGCGCCAUGAGGGCAGUGGUUGCGGGUGUAAUGACAGGGCUGGCUCACGUUGUUGCUGCGAAGUCGAAGAGGGCACGCUGGGGAAGAGGGCAGAACGAUCGACUCACCGCGAAUGAAUCGUCAAAGGCCUCACCACCCAGCGCCCAGCCUUCCGAUGGCAUUCCAAUCGCGUCUGCGGUCGCGCGCGCUCUCGAGCGAUUCCCAAUAGUGCAGCUAAGGAAAGAGAGCGACGUAAUCAAGAAGGAUUCGCGCGGCUUACUUGCAAACGGCCCUCCCAUACUCCCAGCGUGCGGCCGCGGUCAAAUGCGAUCCAAGGACGAUAUGCGUGCACAGACGGAUGGUGAGGUGCACAUAGGCAUGCGCGCGGCCGAUGCCAUCGAGAGACGAGUCAGUGCGAGCAGUGAAGAGGUUGCGAGUGACGUGCGCAGGGCAGCACGUGAUGGUGAAUGCCGAGGACGUUGUUCGAGCGCGCGCUGGAGUGCAUGA